UUUAUAUAUGUAGAGUUUGAAGGCCGGUUGCCGUGUACAUUUCUUGUUCUUCCCUUUCAUCAUCUUGUCAAGUACCAGAACAAAGGACAAAGGAGAAAAAAAAUUAGUUCAGAAAUUUAGAUAUGAUUGGUUGGGAAGAUGUGUCAAAGAUCAUGGUCGGGGUGGUUCCUUUGUACAUGGCCAUUUUACUCGGCUACGGUUCGAUGAUUCGCGCUUUUCACACCCGAGAAGUGCCCAGGCAUCAGCAGUUUCGUCUGCCUCGUCAUCCUCCCCCCCUUUCACUUCAACUUCAUAGCUCAUGUGGACCCAUUCCACAUGAACCACAAGCUUACUGCCGCUGAUGCCAUUUCGAAGCUGAUUGCUCUCUCGGGGACAGCAUUCUGGUGGGUCUGGGCUACGUACUGCUCCAGCGGACCCAAGACUUCGGAAAGCUCAGACACAAAGGCCGACCGGCAAGAUGACUCGAAGAAAAAGGACUUGAGUUGGAGCGUGUCGAUAGUGGCUUGAGCACAACAACCCAAGCAAUAGUAAAGUAAUGGAGUCGCCGAGGCAUUCGUGCUUUAAGCUCGAGCUCCCAAAUCCUCCUGAGCCCGACAAGAUCGAGCCGAUUUUCAUCAAGGCCACAUGGUAUGACACCCACUUCGACCUCUCCAUCAGAGAAGGGGGAUGGAGGGAGCUGAAGGGCGCAAAUAGGGCCGAGCUUCAGUUGUCAUGGACCUUCGAGAGGGAAGGGACAAAGCUAGAAUGGCGAUGGAAAUGCCAACCUUCACCCAAUCCUAAACAGACCAAUUCAGGAAUCUUGAACUUUCUUAUGGAUGCAAACAUAAGGCUCAGUGAAGAAGUUGUCAGAAAAACUAAAUCAUUUGAGAGAUUAGAAGUGGAAAUUGAGAAAUGCCUGGCACAGAGUGAAAGUUUCAGCAAUGAGAAGACAGAGUUUGAGUCUGCAGUCUACGCAAGGUUCCUUAGUGUCUUAAAUUCGAAGAAAGGAAAACUAAGGGAGCUCGGCGAGCAACUUGUCAAGGCAGGUGUUAAUGGUGGGAAAUCACCAGAAGAAGACAAGGAAUCCACGAAAAAGACGGACCCUUUUGAUGAGGGAAGUUACAAUGAGGUAACGACCGAAAAGAGCGGCACUGGGACAUCGGAAGAUGUCCAGAAGGGUAAAUCUUGUAGUCGGAAGAGGAUUGCAUUGAAAUGAAUAGUUCUAUAGAUCAAGACUGCUUUUGCUUAGGCGGAACAAGCUUUCUUUCCCUUAUAUGUACAGAGACUUGUUCUUUUACAUUGUUGAUGGCGUUUUCUUGUAGAUUCCUCAUUUUUGUAAUUGCGCAUAUCUAAUGUUGUUGAUUGUACAACAUGGCCUGGCGUCCAUUAGCAGUAGAAAUGAAAAUUUUGGAUUAUGGAAGGACUUAUGAUAUGAUUGUCCUGAAAUAGCAAAAUUUGACUACCAUGGUAAAUUUUCUAAA